CGAUCGAGUAGUAUAAAUACCGUACGUACUACGAUCAGUUGGUAGGACUCUCAGUCAAAGCAAUAAUGAAAAUCUUCGUGGCUAUUUUGGCUUUUGUGGCCGUUGCCAGUUCGGCUUCCGUGGGCGAGCCCAUAAAUACCCAAUCGAUCUCCAGCACUAUUGUGGAUGUGAUCGAGGGCGUUAAGGAGCAGAUGCCCUGCGGCUUCACCGGCCUGGGCAUUCCGCCAUUGGCUCCCCUUAGAAUUGACCAUAAGACGAUUAACAUCGACACCAGCGUGCUGAAGGCUCAGGGCACCGUUGACCAUUUCCGUCUCAAUGGCCUGAACGACUUCGAUGUCGAUGAGAUGAAGGUUAACGCCAUCACCAGCAAGGUCACCUACAAGUUCUCCUUCCGCAACGUGAACGUGGACACCCAAUACGAUUUGACUGUGCUGCUGAAGAAGUUCGGAUUCACCAUCAACUUGAUCGGUGCCGGACAUGCUAAGUUCGCCAUUAAGGAUAUGGUUAUCUGGGGAACUCUCAAGUACUCCCUGGGCGUUUUGAGUGGCAAACUGAAGCUGAAGUCCCUGGAGGUGCGCACCCACUUGGGCGAGGUUGAUUCCGAGAUCGAGGGCAUCCUGGGCGAUGGAACCGUCAACGAGAAGAUGAACGAGUAUCUGGCCGAGGCCGUUGAAUUGGCCAUCAAUGAGAACGAGGAUCUGAUUGCCGAUACCAUCGAGAGCAUUGCCCUUCCCGCUGUGAACAGCGUUCUGGACGAGAUCAGCAUCGCCGAAGUUAUCGCUGGUGCCGGCGGUGAUGGCGAGGGUGGUGAGAAGGAGGUCUGCAUUCCCCCCGAGUUGGAGUGGUAAACAAAUCAUCGGUGAUUAAACAACCGUUUUCAAUCAAGUA